AUGUCUCCGCCCACCGCCGCCUCUCACUCCUCCUCUCGCCACAAUUUUCCGCCCUCGGCUGUCUCGUCUUCACGUCGCCCUGCAGAUCCUAGCCGGGACGCCUUCCCCUUCUCCUUCAACCGCCCAUCCCGAGCCAAUCCAUCCUCGACCAGUCUUGUGCCCUCUACUGCAGAAGGCAAGCCCAUUCCCCUCGACGACUCGACUGCUGAGCAUCGCACAUCGGCUCUCCGAGAAAUCAACAACCAUUAUCCCAGCCGUCACCAGUACGUCAAGUCCAGCGGGGCACAAAGCAGCACCUACUCGGAGCCCGUCAUCGUCCGCAGCUAUCAUCCUCCUGUUCCUGGCCGCCGGCUCAUGGGCACAAACGGUGCCGGCUGCGUCGCUCACGGGAGAUCUACAUCCGCGUCGGGAUCGGAUGCCGGUGGUCCUGGAGCAUUUGUCACUCGUGGCCUCCCCUUUGCCAGCAAAGUCGGCUCUGCAGGAACCGGAAUGCUGGGCACAAUGGCCCUCACCCGUGCAAAUAAGGCGUCUGCGGUCCACAUUCAACAAGAGACUCGACUGCCGCCGGUGGAGGCGUUCAGCUUCAAGAGCUUCAUGGCCAACAUGGAGGCACAAGGCGGCGGUGACGAUAUCAAUGCUGACCUGGACCGCAUAGCCGAGAUAUGUGCCAGGUCUAGAUAUUCACUAAGCAACCAGUACGAGGUUCACUACGCCCCUCACGGCUCGGGCGCCUCCUUCCUGGCCGCCGCACAACAGCACCAUGACAUUCAAGGCCCCACCCUGCAGGCUGUGUCGUCGGAUGAUGAGCGGAGCAUGAAGCGACAGAAGAGAAAACGUCAUGGCGGAAGGAGGAACAGCCGGGCCAUGGAGCCCUACCCCGCCUGA